CCCAAAUGUGACAAAACUGCGCUCAGUUGUUUAGCUAAAAUCGAAUUCGACGGUCGCAAAAUAUUGGACUGGGCUUGGCAUACACCUGAAGGCAACCACAGCGCGCACGAACAAAUAAACGGUCAUUCUCGAACGGAACCCCUCGAAGGCCAAUCGAUUUUCGCUGAUAUAGCUCAAAAUAUUUGCCCAACAUGCAGAAAUUUCCCACUGCCCUGAGCAUGAGUCUCCUCCUAGGGCUCAUGCUGACCCUUAGCUGCAGUUCUGAGCUGGUGGAAGAGCCCCGUGAAAAACGUCAGGCAGAUAAGCUACACAUCACGUUGCUGUACGAGUCCCUUUGUCCGGAUAGCAGGAAUUUCAUGCAUCAGCUGGGGCCCGUCCACGAGGAGCUACAACAGUACAUGGACAUCCAGUUGGUGCCAUUCGGCAAGUCCCGAUCCGAGCAGAGUGGUGCCAUCUUCCACUGCCAGCACGGACCCGCCGAGUGCGAGGGCAAUCGGGUGCAGAGUUGUGUCAUCAGCAGCACCGCCAAUCAGUCGGCUCAAGUGAAAUUCGUGGUCUGCCAGAUGUUUGCCUUGGAUUCUUCUCGCGCUGACCAGUGUGCCAGCGAGGCGGGUCUCCGCACCGACGUGGACCAUUGCGCAGACAGCGAGACGGGCACCAAGCUGCAGCUGCAAGCGGAGCUGGUGACCAAAUUAUAUCAGCCGAGCUUCAUUCCCACCAUUGUCUACAAUGGCGUAUUCAAUCAGCAGCUGCAGGACCAUUCGCUUCGCGAUUUCCGCGGCACGGUAUGCCAUUUGUUGCGUCAACAAAACUUGCUGCCCAGCGGCUCCCCAGUCUGCCAGUAAGGCCCAGCCACCGCCACAGCCGGUCUACUAAAUGUACAAUGUAAAACUGCCGCAACUUUGGAAUUAAAAUUAAAAAUUCAGAAA